AUGCUCCGGGGUUGGCGGGGGUAUGCCACCAAGCCCUUCUACAUCACCACCCCGAUUUUCUACGUCAAUGCCAAGCCCCACUUGGGCCACUUGUACUCGAUGUUGAUGGCAGACACCCGUCACCGCUGGGCUCGGCUCACGGGGCCGCUGUUUAUGUUGACGGGUACCGACGAACACGGGCUUAAAAUCCAAACGGUGGCGGAACUGAAAGGGAUAGACCCUAAGCUAUUAUGUGACCAGGUAUCCCAGAACUUUAGAGACCUUGCCACCAAGCUCAACGUCGAUUAUCUGAGGUUUAUCCGCACGACUGACCCUGACCAUAUUCAGGCGGUUACCCACUUCUGGCAGACGGUAGCCGAUAAAGGAUGGCUUUACCAGGGUCAACACGCGGGCUGGUACCUGGUGAGUGACGAGACUUUCUUUCCUGAGACUCAGAUCGAACAGGGGCCUGAUGGUACGAUGAUCUCAAAGGAAACGCGCAAUCCCGUUAUUUACCAAGAAGAAACCAACUGGUUUUUUAAGCUUGGUGCGUUCCAGCAACAGUUGAUUGACCACCUUGAAGCUCACCCGGAGUUUAUCGUCCCCGAACUGAAAUAUACCCAAAUUCUCCGAGAAUUGAAACUGGAGAAACUAGAGGAUCUCUCGGUGAGUCGGCCAGCCCUGAGACUUAAGUGGGGGAUCCCCGUCCCUGGAGACCCCACACAAAAGAUUUACGUGUGGUUUGAUGCGUUAGUGAACUAUAUUACUGCCUGUGGCUACCCUAAUUUAGGCUCUACUGGUGCCCAGUGGCCAGCAACUCACAUUGUCGGUAAAGAUAUUGUUCGUUUCCACACGAUUUAUUGGCCGAUUUUCCUUAUGGCGGCUAAUGUACCCCUCCCUAACCAGGUAGUGGUCCACGCUCAUUGGCUUAGUGAGGGUUUCAAAAUGCUGAAACUGUUGGGUAAUGUCGUUGAUCCUAUCGACACUUAUGAAUACUACGGCGAGGAUUCGUUACGGCUUUUCCUUACUGAGUACACUAACAUCGAUGCUGACUCUAAUUUCAGUGAACAGGCAUUUGUCGAUACCCGCGAUAUGUUGAUUGGCAAAUACGCUAAUCUCAUUACUAGAGUGGGAGGUAAGAAGUUCGACAUUGCUGCUUCCGUAAACGACUUUGCUGACGGUAAAUUUGAUGAUAUUGAGUCUAGAAUCGGAGCAAGACUGCCUGAGCGUGCUGAGGAGAUUAUCACUCUCAGUAAUGAAUUGAGGCAACUGGUGGACUCAUUAUACGAGGCGAUGGACCCUCAUAUGACGUCUUUUAACCCUAAGAGAGCUCUCCAUGAGUGGUGGCAAGUGUUAGACCGCGCCAACCUUCUCUUCCAAUUAGGCGAGCCGUGGGCCAUCAAAGACGACGCUACUCUUAAAAACUACUAUACGUUUAUGGCGGCGGAAACCGGUCGAGUGGCGUCAUUAGUGGUGACUCCGAUUAUCCCGCGAUUAGCCGGGGCGAUGUUGGACCGGCUUGCCGUGACUAGCCGCGACAUCGGUGCCGCAAAGUUCGGGGGAGAUCUCGGGUUUGGCGCCGGGGCCAAUAAUCCUAAACUCCACCCGUUACCCAUUGUCAGAGUUCCCAAACGAGAAUCACAAGAAACCCAGUAA